UUCAGGAACAUAUGCGGGGAAAACACACGGGAGAGCGGCCGUAUAAGUGCCCCCAGUGCUCGAGUUCCUUUUCCUAUGAUGAACAAUUUUGAUCAUAUGUUUUACCCACUCAGAGUUUUGCGGGAUUUAAAAACUGUAUCCAAGUAUAAUACUAAUACAAGUAAAAAGAGCCUCAGCAGUUGAAGUCAUGGAAGUUCAAAUCUGUCGCGUUUGCCUGGGAACGUCACCUGUAAUGAUCAACAUAUUCGACAACGCUCAAGGACUAGGGAUCUCCAUCGCCGAUAUGAUCACCCAAUGCACUCCCUACGAGAUUUCUAAAGGAGAUUGCUAUCCCGAAAACAUCUGCGACUCUUGCCUGCACUGUGCACGAGCCGCCUUCGAGAUACGCCAAACCAUAGAGACGAGCCACGAGAUCUACCUCCAGAUGAAAAAUACUAAAAAUCUACCAGUCAAUGUAAAUCAUGGUGUUGGUUUCAGCGAGACGAAAGAACAGUACAAAUGUCCCCACUGCUCCAAGUCAUUUUCCAGAGGUAAUCUUAGUCGACAUAUCCGUAGACACACUGGAGAGCGACCAUACAAGUGUUCCCACUGCUCCAAGUCAUUUUCCCAGAGAGAAACUCUUAAACAACACAUCCGAACUCACACUGGAGAGCGACCAUACAAGUGUUCCCACUGCUCCAAGUCGUUUCCCCAGAGCAGUACUCUUAAUCUACAUAUCCGUACACACACUGGAGAGCGACCAUACAAGUGUUCCCAUUGCUUAAAGUCAUUUUCCAGAAAAGGUUCUCUUAAACAACACAUCCGAACCCACACUGGAGAGCGACCAUACAAGUGUUCCCACUGCUCAAAGUCGUUUCCCCAGAGCAGUACUCUUAAUGUACAUAUCCGUAGCCACACUGGAGAGCGACCAUACAAGUGUUCCCACUGCUCAAAGUCGUUUCCCCAGAGCAGUACUCUUAAUCUACAUAUCCGUACACACACUGGAGAGCGACCAUACAAGUGUUCCCAUUGCUCAAAGUCAUUUUCCGAAAAAGGUUCUCUUAAAAAUCACAUCCGAACUCACACUGGCGAGCGACCGUUCAAGUGUUCCCAUUGCUCAAAGUCGUUUUCCAAGAGUUGUCAUCUUAAAACACACAUCAGGCAUUGUAUUGGAGAACGACCAUACAAGUGUUCCCAUUGCUCAAAGUCAUUUUCCCAGAGAGGUACUCUUAAUGUACAUAUCCGUGGACACACUGGAGAGCGACCAUACAAGUGUUCCCAUUGCUCAAAGUCAUUUUGCGAAAAAGGUUCUCUUGAAAAACACAUCCGAACUCACACUGGAGAGCGACCAUACAAGUGUUCCCACUGCUCAAAGUCAUUUCCCCAGAGAAGAACUCUUAAUGUACAUAUCCGUAGCCACACUGGAGAGCGACCAUACAAGUGUGCCCACUGCUCCAAGUCAUUUCGCCAGAUAAGUACUCUUAAUCUACAUAUCCGUACACACACUGGAGAGCGACCGUUCAAGUGUUCCCAUUGUUCAAAGUCAUUUCGCCAGAGAAGUACUCUUAAUGUACAUAUCCGUACACACACUGGCGAGCGACCGUUCAAGUGUUCCCAUUGUUCAAAGUCAUAUUCCAUGAGAAGUACCCUUAAUGUACAUAUCCGUGGACACACUGGAGAGCGACCAUACAAGUGCUCCCACUGCUCAAAGUCAUUUUCCAAGAGAAGUACUCUUAAUGAACAUAUCCGUGGACACACUGGAGAGCGACCAUACAAGUGCUCCCACUGCUCAAAGUCAUUUUCCAAGAGAAGUACUCUUAAUGUACAUAUCCGUGGACACACUGGAGAGCGACCAUACAAGUGCUCCCACUGCUCAAAGUCAUUUUCCCAGAGAGGUACUCUUAAUGUACAUAUCCGUGGACACACUGGAGAGCGACCAAACAAGUGUUCCCAUUGCUCAAAGUCAUUUUCCGAAAAAGGUGAUCUUAAAAAACACAUCCGAACUCACACUGGAGAGCGACCAUACAAGUGUUCCCACUGCGCCAAGUCAUUUUCCCACAGAGGUACUCUUAAUCUACAUAUCCGUACACACACUGGAGAGCGACCAUACAAGUGUUCCCAUUGCUCAAAGACGUUUUCCACGAGUAGUCAUCUUAAAACACACAUCAGGAAUUGUAUUGGAGAGCGACCAUACAAGUGUUCCCAUUGCACAAUGUCAUUUUCCGAAAAAGGUGCUCUUACAAAUCACAUCCGAACUCACACUGGAGACCGACCAUACAAGUGUUCUCACUGCUCCAACUCAUUUACCCUGAGAAGUACUCUUAAUCGACAUAUCCGUACACACACUGGAGAGCGACCAUACAAGUGUUCCCAUUGCUCCAAGUCAUUUACCCAGAUAAGUACUCUUAAUCGACAUAUCCGUACACACACUGGAGAGCGACCAUACAAGUGUUCCCACUGCUCAAAGGCGUUUUCCACGAGUAGUCAUCUCAAUAGACACAUCAGGAAUUGUAUUGGAGACCGACCAUAAAAGUUUUCCCACUGCCCAAAGUCAUUUUCCAGGAGAAAUAGUCUUAUAACACACAUCCGAACCGCACAUAACAGCGUUCAAUAGUUUCUUUCUCACUGCGCAAAGAUUUUUUAUUUUCUAUAGGACCUCAACCAACGCAUUCCCUCGGAAUACCCCAAUUAUUCAAAUGUUUUUCUUAUAUUACAAAUAACUAAAAUGUAAACUAACAUUAAUGAUACCUGCACAUGACCUUGCACAAAUAAAUAAAUGUACUCUAAUUAAAAA